AUGGUUCCAGAUAGAAACUGGUUUCAGACAAGGUUGCAUUCUAUAACCGAUCUUAUUCAACAUCAUUCUGAACUACAUACUGAGAAGACUGGAAAAGCUCGAGAAUCAUGGAAGCGUGGCUCCGAUAUGCAUGAUGCAAAAUACGCAGAUGACACAUACCAAAUGGCUGAAUGUCUUCUAAGGGCAAUGGAGCUAACCGACGUGAAAGUGAAUGAAGAAGAAAUAGAAACAGUAUCAGAAUUCAUCUAUUUUGGAAAUCAUAUUAACAAGACAGGUGGAAUAGAGGAGGAAUUGAAGAGAAGGAAAACUCUAGCAGGAGGAAUAUUUUAG